AUGAACUGUUUGCACGGGCAUGCAGGAGGGAUGGUGUGGCAUGCAUUGCUGAGGCGAACAGUCCCCCUUGUGCUCUCCCUUUCUCUUCCUUCCCUCUCUUCCCCCAUUCAUUCGUCGCACCAGGUGAUCUACACUACAGUGAUGAAGCUCUUUGCACGGGCGGGCAGGACGGACGGCGUGGCACGGAUCGCCGCCCUGCUCAGGGAGGAGGGCGGCAGGGAGGACGGCCUUUUUCGGCUGGAUUCGAAAACGAUAUGCGCGUUGAUCGCUGCGUACAACAGCAUGGGGGACCUGAAUUCUGCGCAGGAGGAGAUUGAAUCCGCACGAGAAGGUAUGCCCCCAGGCGAGUGGGACAUGGUAGUCUGGAACGCCAUGGUGGCCGCGUAUGGGCUCUCCAGCAGCACCAACCGCUCUCCACCACACAGAACCCACUCAUUGCUUCCCUCUGUGUUCCGUCAUUCACAGGUGUUUGAGGCGGCACGGGCAGGCACGCCCCCAGGCGAGUGGGAUGUGGUGGUGUGGAACGCCAUGGUGGCUACGUAUGGGCGGGCGGGCAAGGUGAGGCAGGCAGAGGAGCUAUUGCUGCAGAUGGAGGCACAGGCGGACAGGGGUGACGGGCGGAGUGAGGGGGAAGAAAAGGCACGUGGGGUUGAUACAGGGGAGUGGGGGAGUGUAGAGCCUGAUUGGGGGAGUGCGGAGGCAGAUGGGGGGGGGAGCGUUGAAGCGGAUCGGGUGGGCCAGAGCAUGGGAGAAACAGGGGGAGCGGAGUCAGUGGGUAGGGUGCAAAGGGGUGCUGCUGGGUCGAUUAUUUCGUCGACUAGAAACGUCAGCAGGGUGCAAGGGGACGUUGAGGCGUCUCAAGCGACUUGUGAGUCGACUCAAGAGCAUCUGGGCAGGGCUGCGACAGAGGCAGAGGAUUCGGCUUCAGAGGCGCCUCAAAAGGCGUCUGAGAAGUACAUGGACUGGGUGGCAGAGAGAGAGGAUUUGCUGGUGGUGCAGAUGGGUGCAGAGGGGUUUGAAGGAGAGGCGCUGCAAGGGCGAGCGCCUGGCGGUGGUGCUGACAGUGCUGACAGGGCUGGUGUUGCUGUAGGAGCUAAGGAACCCAGCCUCACCCAUCUCCGCUCCUUCAACCUGCCCUUUCCUGCUCCGAACCAGCUUCGAUGGGCUCCGAGCCUCGGCCAGAGGUUCAGAGCAAGGCUCGGGGCGGGAGAUGUUGACAAGGCAGAGAAGACGUUUAAGGUAGGCUUGAGACGAGGUCUUGAAGUGGAUGGGGAGGCACUGAAUGCGUACAACUCACUCCUGAACGCGUAUGCGAAGGCGGGGGACGUGGACAAGGCAGAGAAGACCUUUAAG